UGUCAGCCUCCAUGGUAACAAAAGUCCUUCGAAAUAUUUCAUCUGAAACACUAUUUUUAUCGGAUUCCUGAGCCUCAAAGUUCCAACAUAUCGAUUCAAUACAGGUCAAAUAUUUUUCAACCGCAGAAAGUAAUUAAGUGACAACAUGUAUGCGGUCAAGAAAAGAGCUAUUACUAUAGUCCGUGAGACAAGAUUGAGAGUGAACACGUGGAAGAGAGUUUGGGUCACGUUAGCCGUGAUUGGUUAUGUCCUCCUGUGGUAUGCAGCGUUGUUCAAUCAUCGGCCUCGGGCGGUGUACACCCUGCCGGACCCGGCGGUUAUCACCAACACGUUGGGAGACGAUUCACAGAAAGAGUACUGUAGGGUAGAUCUCAAUUCAUUAACGUCCCAAAACAUUGACAUACUUGAGGACCCAGAGUAUGACGACAUCGUAAAGUCAAAUCCGCAAGUCCAGAAGGGCGGUCAUUGGGCGCCCAAAACUUGCUUGCCAUUCCAAAAAGUAGCAAUAAUCAUUCCAUACCGCAAUAGGUGGCACCACCUGAAGUUACUGCUGAAACGUUUACAUCCUAUGUUAGAGAGACAGCACAUCGAUUAUAGGAUAUUUGUGAUAGAGCAGUCCGGUACGAACUCCUUCAACCGCGGCAUGCUCAUGAACAUCGGAUACGCCGAGGCAUUCCGUUACGGCUCGUUCAACUGCUUCAUCUUCCAAGACGCCGAUCUCCUUCCAGAGCACGACCGCAACCUGUACCUAUGUGAUAACGAGGCGAGGCAUUUAGCAUCCGCUAUAGAUGAGAUGCGAUACCAUGUGAUGUACUACAACAAUGCAGGUGGCGUCAUUGCCGUCAAUAAAGAAAACUACAUCAAGGUGAAUGGCUUCUCCAACAAUUACUGGGGCUGGGGCCAAGAAGACGAUGAUUUUUCAGCAAGGACUGAAGCUGCUGGCCUAAAACUGACCAGACCGCCAGAAUAUAUUGGUCGUUAUAAAAUGGUGCGACAUUCCAAGGCUUCUAAGAGUGAUUCAGGGCCCAAUUAUUUCUCUUACUGGCGAGCUCGAUGGAAAACCGAUGGCAUCAGCUCAAUCAAGUCAGUCGGUUACAAGGUCUUAUCAGUGUCAGAGGAGCCAUUACAUACAAAGAUAUUAGUCGAUGUGGGCGAUCCGCCCAAUCAAGAGGAUGUCAUGGAAUCUUUGAAGAAUCAGAAACCGGAAUCACUGCUCUGGUAUUUGAAGUUCUACUUGCCUUGAAAGAGUCAUGUCUGGUCAAUUUAUAAAGUGAAGGCGUCAGUACAGUGGUGUGAACCAGGCAGCAUUUUUGCCAGCCGUGGUGUGGUGCCAGUCACAUGGCUGGGUCUCGAUGUGAAAUGUGCGUUUCCACGCCUUUGUGCAGUAUUAAAGGGAAGCUAUGGGAAUAAAUUGAUGCAGCAAAAUCAAAUAUUUUUUAUAACAAAUACAUACCAAGUUACAUGACAAACAAAUACUCUACACCAAGGAUAUGAUGAAUAUUCCUAGAUAGUGCAGAAAAUUGCAUUGAAUGGGCAGUUUGCGGGGGUAGCCAUGUUUGUUCAAAUCUCCCGGGCGAAUGACGUCAUGGAUGCAGUGGGGUUUUUUCAUCAAGCCGAGUACUACUCGUUUCCACUAAGUUUCCACACCUUUUUCUGCCCUGGUACCUUGGCUCAAACGCAUAGGGAACUAGACCUGCUCGUUCUUCUGCUGAUGCACGGUUGUAAUCGAAGGAUUCAUCGCCAGACGUCGACGAAGAACCCGAAGAAAUCGAAGAACUGUCAUCUGUCAUUCCAAGCAUUCGCCAUUGUUCGAACAGCUGAUUGUCACAAUGGCUGCAUCGAUGACGUCAUUGGCUCUCCGUUUGGAGGAGAGACCAGAUUAAAAUCCACCAAGAUGGCGGCAUACUUGAUUCAAAAAUAAGCAAUUAAAAUCAUCCAUUUCACUCAUUAAUGUUUGUUUAUUUAUAAAACCAAGAGCCACAGUUGUUUUUAAGAAUACGCAGUUUACGUAGAUGUUAAGGUUGUAACUGUUGGUCGAAUGGGGAAUCAUUCCCAUAGCUUCCCUUUAAAUGUAGUUGGCAUGGGAGGUUUUUUCAUGCGAAGUGAUUCAGACAUUGAUUUAUAAAAGGAGGGCUGGUCCGUUGCAGGGUCUGUGUGUAGGUGCACAUCUUCCAUGCAUGGAGCGUCAACCGACUGGAGCCUGAAGAAUUGAAAAAUCAUUGCGACAUCAUCGCAAAAAGAUGCAAUUAUUUUUGCAUGCGGCAGCAAUUUCAAUUACUCGUCUGUAGGUGCGAUAAUCUUUACAGAACCAGGAGAUGGCUAAUUCUUCGAGAGAAACCUCAAUUUGUACAUAUCCAAGAGAAGAGUACUGUUAAAAAGGGUAUAUGUAGUCAGGCGAGUGCAUUGCAGAUAAGUCUAAGAAAAACACCCAAAUCAUGGCUUUAUCUUGUGACAAAUCCCCUCUGUUUGUCUGUGCACUUGAUGCAGACAAGUGUUUUUGAUAGCAUUAGGCAUGAAGGAUUAUAUUUCAAAUUGCUUGAUAAGAUACCUGAGUGUCACGGGUUUCUUUUACGAAAUUGGUGUAGCAGAUCGUCUACUACAGUCAAAUGGAAUGGAAAGUAUAGCCAGUCAUUACGAGUAUUGCAGGGUACCCGGCGAGGAAGUAUUCUGUCCCCAUACCUCUUCAACAUUUUCUUGAGUGAUAUGUUGUCACUGGUUUCCAAGACUAGGAGAGGUGUGAGUAUUGAAUGAUGAUGAAGAGUAGAAUUCUGUAGCGUUUGCGGAUGAUUUAUCUCUAUAUAACCUAACCACUACACGCGUACUAGAUUACAGGCACUUAUUAAUGUUUGUAACGGUCAAAUCAGUAACAUGAAUGUGCUACAGGGCAAUCUUAUUAAACAAUCUCUUGGCCUCAGUAGAAAAUGCCCGAUGACAAACCUGUUGAGAGCCUUGGGCAUCCCAAGUAUAGGUCGUCCUCGUGAAUACCGGUAUUAUGUACCAUUUUGAAGAGGCCUCUUGGGGUGCCAUUUUAAAUAGGCCUCUUGGGGUGCCAUAUUGCAUGUAUCAUAAUUGGCUAUUUAUACUCCAUGAACAGUGUUAUCUAAAAGUUAUUGUAUGCACAGGUCAUCAUAGUCGUUGGCUAAAGAUCUGUAAGCCACACCAGCGGGUAUUUCUAAUGUUUUGUUAGUCAAUGUUCCAGGGCAGCAUGGGAUGGGAAGCAGAUUGUGGACUCUCUUCGAUCAUUCCUCCACUCCCCUACCUCUAAUAAUGGGAGCACUGAAUUGGCCCUGACGAGGCUUUUAAUUAAGAGUUUUAAAAAUCUACUUGCCAUAUUUUAUAAAUGUAUAGCCCUGACCAGGCCAGGUGUUUUCUUUAGUUAUGCACAUGUACCAUUUUAUGAAAUGUAUCAUAUAUAUGUUAUUUCUCUUUUACCCAAAUAUGGGGUGCAAUAAUAACAUUAUUAUUAUUAGUA